GCCCGGUCCUGGGUGCACACGGCCUCGCGGUGGGGGAGCGCUGGCGGGGCGCGGCCCCCGGACACUUCGCUCUUUGUGCCGCUGCCGCUCAGGAGAGGCCCGACCCCGCGGGGCGACAUCGGGGCCGAGCUCAGCCGCAGCCUCAACAAAGGUGAAAUUCUCAAGGUGCUGAAUAAAUUCUACAAACGGAAAGAAAUGCAGAGACUGGGCGCUGAGAAUGGCCUGGACGCGCGGCUGUUUCACCAGGCCUUCAUUAGUUUCCGCAAGUUUGUGAUGGAAGACGAAUCGCUGAACGUGGACCUGCACAUCAUUCUCAGUGAUAUCUGCUACGGGGCAGGUCACGUGGACGAUCUCUUCCCUUACUUCAUGCGGCAGGCAAAGCAGGUUUUCCCAAUGUUGGACUGCAUGGACGACCUCCGCAAGAUCAGUGACCUGCGUCUGCCGGCUAACUGGUACCCAGAAGCCAGGGCAAUUCAGAGAAAGAUUAUCUUCCACGCCGGCCCCACCAACAGCGGCAAAACCUACCACGCCAUCCAGCGUUACCUGGCUGCCUCAGGGGGAGUGUAUUGUGGGCCCCUCAAACUGCUGGCUCACGAGAUCUACCAGAAGAGUAAUGACGCUGGUGUAGCCUGUGACCUGGUGACGGGUGAAGAACGCACCUUUGUGGACGUGGAAGGAAGACAGUCAAGCCACGUGGCCUGUACCAUCGAAAUGUGCAGCGUCACCACACCGUACGAAGUGGCCGUGAUUGAUGAGAUACAGAUGAUCAGAGAUCCUUCUCGAGGCUGGGCUUGGACUAGAGCGCUGCUCGGACUUUGUGCAGAAGAAAUUCACAUCUGUGGGGAAGCUUCGGCCAUUAACCUGGUGAUGGAGCUGAUGUACGACACGGGAGAGGAAGUGGAGGUUCGGAAUUAUGAGCGGCUGACGCCGAUCUCGGUGCAGGACUCGGCCCUGGGAACGCUGGACAGCCUGAGACCCGGCGACUGUGUCGUCUGCUUCAAUAAAAACGACAUUUACUCCAUUAGCCGCCAGAUCGAGAUCCGCGGGCUGGAGUGUGCCGUCAUAUACGGCAGCCUCCCACCAGGAGCAAAACUGGCUCAGGCCAAGAAAUUCAACGACCCCAAUGAUGCCUGUAAGAUCAUGGUUGCCACCGACGCCAUUGGGAUGGGCCUGAACCUGAGCAUCAAACGCAUCAUCUUUAACUCACUGAUGAAGCCAAGUGUCAACGAGAAGGGAGAGAAGCAGAUGGACACGAUCACCACCUCGCAGGCCCUGCAGAUCGGGGGCCGGGCAGGGAGGUUCCGCUCGGCCUUUAAGGAGGGGGAGAUAACCACCAUGCACCAGGAGGACCUGCCCGUGCUCCGUGAGAUUCUGGCCAGGAACAUCGACCCCAUAGAGACUGCUGGAUUACAUCCCACGGCAGAGCAGAUCGAGAUGUUUGCUUACCACCUGCCAGAUGCCUCACUCUCCAACUUAAUCGAUAUCUUUGUCAGCCUGUCGCAAGUGGACGGCCUGUACUUUGUGUGUAACGUGGAUGACUUUAAGUUCCUGGCGGACAUGAUCCAGCACAUCCCCCUCAACCUUCGUGUGCGCUAUGUCUUCUGCACGGCGCCCAUCAACAGGAAGCAGCCCUUUGUCUGCACCUCCUUCCUCAAGUUUGCCCGACAGUUUAGCCGGAAUGAGGCCAUGACGUUUGAUUGGUUGUGUCGACACGUUAACUGGCCAGUUGUCCCUCCCAAAAAUAUCAAAGACCUGGUGCAUCUGGAAGCUGUGCACGAUGUGCUGGAUCUGUACCUGUGGUUAAGCUACCGGUUCAUGGACAUGUUCCCAGACGCUAGUCUUGUGCGGGAGAUUCAGGGCGAAUUGGACAGCAUCAUUCAGAUAGGUGUGCGUAACAUCACCCGCUUGAUCCGGGCUUCAGACCCCAACAGCUCCCUGAGUGCCCAGGGUGUGGGCGAGGAGGUGGUCCCUCUGUACAGGGGGGCUGUGACUGAGCGGGGCAUCAUCUCCGAGGACUUUGUCAUCCCAGAGCUCGGUGGCUGUAAGGGAGCGAGGAGACUGCGAGGGUCCAAAGCCCUGGGUUACACAGCGGAAGCGAAGCGUGGCCAGGGAGCCAGGCAGUCGCUGAGCACCAGGCUGAUACAGGAGGGGCUGCUCAGCCCUGAGAUCCUGGAGCAGCUACAGAGGGAGUGGUAUGCCGAGCGAGCCAAGGGUCCGCAGCCUGACACAGACACUGCAGCCAGCAGCCGGACCAAAGCCCCCAACAAAGCAGUCAGGAAGAAGAAGAAAUGAGUGGACGCAAAUCUUGAAUUCUUUUGGAGUCCUGUAGUGUAUUGGUUAGAGCAUUCUCCUCGCGAGCGAGAGAACCUGUGUUCAAUUCCCGGGCAGAGCGAAACCUUAGGCAAGUUUCCUUACUCCACACGCCUCUGUUUACCUAGCAGUUUCACCUGCAAAGUACACAGUCAAUCCACUUCACAGUAUAUCUUGAGACGUGGUAACGUGGUAUAUAAUAAUAACGUGAUAAGGUGCUGUAUUAAAUGCAAGGAUUAUUAAAAAAAAUGUUAGAACCCAUUUUGUUUCUGAAUAUCAGGAACGGGACAAAUAAUAAAGGGGACUAAAUAUCAAUCGAUAAGGUACAGUUCCAUUUAGCUGCUGAGUAUCUGGGCACUGACAAAAUGCCUGCAAUGUCAGUAUGUGCAGGUUAUUUUUCUAUGUAUCUUUGUAAUACGAAGAAUAUUAGCAUGGGCAGAGCGUUUGCAGGUCUGUGCUGGUCACGAGCCAGCAAUCUGAUCACGAGACAAGAGAUUUGAACCUGUAUUGUGGAGCUGUGUCCAGCUCGUGUUUUCUGACUGUCAGUGCCUCCCUGGGAGUGUAUCACCCCGAGAUUGCGUUCAGUGAAUGCACGGAGGAAUCUCCUUUUACACAGAUUUACUACGUGAUGUCCUCCAUUCGGAUCUCUCCUUCCAACAAGUCGAGCGAUCUCGACUCAAUAAAGAGGAAGCAUUGUA